AUGUCGUCUCUUAGUAGAGAGCUGGUGUUCCUGAUCUUACAGUUCUUGGAUGAGGAGAAAUUUAAAGAGACCGUUCACAAGCUAGAACAAGAAUCUGGGUUCUUCUUUAACAUGAAGUAUUUUGAGGAUGAAGUUCACAAUGGGAACUGGGAUGAGGUGGAGAGGUACCUCUCCGGUUUCACUAAAGUGGACGACAAUCGCUACUCGAUGAAGAUCUUUUUCGAAAUCAGGAAACAGAAGUAUCUUGAGGCAUUGGAUAAGCAUGAUCGCUCGAAAGCUGUUGAGAUCCUAGUGAAGGAUCUUAAAGUGUUUGCCUCCUUUAACGAGGAGCUUUUCAAGGAGAUAACUCAGCUGCUGACAUUAGAGAAUUUCAGGGAGAAUGAGCAGCUGUCAAAGUAUGGAGACACAAAAUCCGCAAGAGCUAUCAUGCUCGUCGAGCUUAAGAAGCUAAUCGAGGCUAAUCCCCUGUUUCGCGAUAAAUUACAGUUCCCGAACCUUAAAAACUCAAGACUGCGAACUCUCAUCAACCAAAGCUUAAACUGGCAGCACCAACUUUGUAAAACUCCAAGGCCGAACCCGGAUAUCAAAACCCUAUUCGUGGAUCACUCAUGCGGGCAGCAAAAUGGAGCACGUGCUCCCUCACCAGCUAAUAAUCCAUUGCUUGGUGGGGCCGUGCCGAAACCCGGUGGCUUUCCUCCUCUUGGUGCACAUGUGCCAUUCCAGCCUGCUCCGGCACCUGUUCCGACUCCUCUUGCCGGUUGGAUGUCUAAUCCGCCCACCGGAAGUCAUCCGGCAGUUUCUGGUGGGCCCAUCGGUCUUGGUGCUCCACCGAUUCCAGGUAGAGAUUCUUAUGCUGCCCUUAAGCACCCAAGGACACCACCAACAAAUCCCGUUGAAUUUCCAUCUGCCGACUCUGAACAUCCGAGCAAAAGAACCAGGCAGUUGGGAAUUUCUGAUGAGGUAAAUCUUCCAGUGAAUGUUCUUCCGGUUUCUUUCCCAGGGCACCAUAGCCAGCCUUCCUUCAGUGCACCAGACGACUUACCCAAGACAGUUGCUCGCACUUUGAACCAAGGAUCUUCUCCUAUGAGCAUGGAUUUUCACCCGAUCCAACAAACUUUGCUUCUUGUUGGCACCAAUGUGGGAGAUAUUGGGUUGUGGGAAGUUGGUUCUAGAGAGAGGCUCGUGCUGAGAAAUUUCAAAGUCUGGGAUGUGAGUGCGUGCACUUUGCCUCUACAGGCCAGCCUGGCAAAAGAUCCUGGUGUCUCUGUCAAUCGCGUGAUUUGGAGCACAGAUGGGUCUUUGUUUGGGGUUGCGUAUUCAAGGCACCUUGUACAGAUAUAUUCGUAUCAUGGGAAUGACGAUAUUCGCCAGCACUUGGAGAUUGAUGCUCAUGUUGGCGGAGUAAAUGAUCUUGCGUUCUCCCACCCUAACAAGCAGCUUUCCGUUAUUACUUGUGGAGACGACAAGCUUAUCAAGGUUUGGGAUGCUGCAACUGGCACCAAGCAGUACAUUUUUGAAGGUCACGAGGCCCCCGUAUAUUCAGUCUGCCCCCACCACAAGGAGAAUAUUCAGUUCAUAUUUUCGACAGCAUUAGAUGGAAAGAUCAAAGCUUGGUUAUACGACAAUUUGGGGUCGCGAGUCGACUAUGAUGCCCCCGGCCGCUGGUGCACGACCAUGGCCUACAGUGCUGAUGGAUCAAGGCUUUUCUCAUGUGGGACCAGUAAAGAUGGAGAGUCCCACAUCGUGGAGUGGAACGAGAGCGAGGGGGCUGUGAAGAGGGCGUACCAAGGCUUCCGGAAGCGCUCUCUGGGGGUUGUGCAGUUUGACACGACUAAGAAUAAGUUCUUGGCAGCUGGCGAUGACUUCUCGAUCAAAUUCUGGGAUAUGGACAAUAUCCAGCUUCUGACGUGCAGUGAAGCUGAUGGAGGCCUUCCUGCGAGUCCACGGAUUCGCUUCAAUAGAGACGGUACCCUGUUGGCUGUUUCCACCAAUGAAAAUGGUAUCAAGAUUUUGGCCAACGGUGAUGGUCUACGGUUGCUACGGACAUUUGAAAAUCUUGCUUUCGAUGCUUCACGAGCAUCCGAGGCUGCAAAGCCUACUGUAAAUCCAUUAUCUGCCACGGCACCAAGUAGUUCAGGACUUGAAAGGGUGGGCUCGGUUGUUGGAAUGUCAGCUAUGAAUGGGGACACGAGAAAUCUUGGAGAUGUGAAACCUAGAAUAACAGAGGAAACUAAUGACAAAUCAAAGAUAUGGAAGCUGAGUGAGAUUAACGAGCCCUCUCAGUGCCGGUCCUUGAAGCUCCCAGAAAAUUUAAGAGUUACAAAGAUAUCAAGAUUGAUAUAUACAAAUUCGGGCAGUGCAAUACUGGCGUUAGCUUCGAAUGCAAUCCAUUUGCUGUGGAAAUGGCAGCGAAGUGACCGUAAUUCGAGCGGCAAGGCAACUGCGAAUGUAUCUCCUCAAUUAUGGCAACCGUCGAGUGGGAUUUUGAUGACCAAUGACGUGGCAGAGACGAAUCCUGAGGAAGCUGUUUCUUGCUUUGCUCUGUCCAAGAAUGACUCCUACGUGAUGUCAGCAUCUGGGGGAAAGAUAUCUUUAUUUAACAUGAUGACUUUCAAGGUGACCUUUGUUUUUAUAAUGUUCCCUUUGUAUAUUUUUUUUUUUUUGUCAAUUUUGUGCAUCAAGCUUAAAGGACACUCGAAGAGAAUUACAGGCCUUGCUUUCUCACAUGUAUUGAAUGUGCUUGUUUCAUCAGGAGCUGAUGCUCAGCUUUGUGUGUGGAGUUCCGAUGGAUGGGAAAAACAGAGAUCGAGAUUCUUGCAGCUGCCUUCCGGAAGGUCCCCGGGAGUACAAUCCGAAACACGCGUGCAGUUUCAUCAGGACCAAAUUCACUUCCUGGUCGUGCACGAGACACAACUCGCCAUAUACGAGACCACGAAGCUAGAAUGUGUCAAGCAGUGGGCCCAGCGAGAAAAUUCUGCCCCUAUAUCGCACGCGACUUUCUCGUGUGAUAGCCAGCUUGUGUACGCCAGUUUUCUGGAUGCGACCGUUUGCGUAUUCACGGCUUCACACCUUCGGUUGAGAUGCCGCAUUACUCCUUCUGCGUAUCUUAAUCCUACCAUCAGUUCAAAUGUGCACCCGCUCGUGAUUGCUGCACAUCCUCAAGAACCGAACCAAUUUGCGUUAGGCCUCUCGGAUGGUUCGGUCCAUGUGUUUGAGCCCCUUGAAACCGAAGGAAAGUGGGGGGUGCCACCGCCUAUCGAGAAUGGGUCAUCGAGCAGUGUGCCCACGACACCUCUAGGCGGAGGUGGGCCCGUCUCGGAACAGGCACAGAGGGUUUUCUUCGCAAAAUUCGGACGUCGAUCUCAAAAACCCUUCCUUUUCACAUUCUCCGAUCAUCACGAUCUCUUCUUUUACUUUAAUCUCCGGAAGGAAAUGAUGGAAGAAGACGAUGAUUACGUCGAGUACGUCCCUGUGGCCAAACGGCGUGCCCUCGAAGCCCAGAAAAUCCUCAUGCGCAAGGGCAAAUUGUCCACAAUUGAUGAGGAGAUCGAGAGAUCGAGAAACAGAAACAAGCUGAGGCCAAGCCGAGCCUGCUGGUCAAAGCCUCCCAGCUCAAGAAAGAUCAGCCAGAAAUCACCCAAACGGAGCAGAUAA